CAGCGGUAUGCGCGCGCGCUCCUCUCCAGACUCGCAUCAGUGCGCGCGCGCCUCCCCCUCAGCGCAGACUCUGCUCCAUCCCUCGCGCGCGCGCCAUGGCCGAGAAGCACCACAACCGCCGCUUUCCCUCGCGAGCGCUGGGACCCGCGCGCGACCGCGGCCUGAACCUGCAGAAGCGGCAGGCGCGCGUGACGGUGAAGUACAACCGCGCGGAGCUGCAGCGGCGCCUCGACACCGAGAAGUGGAUCGAGCGCGCGCUGGAGGAGCUGUACGCCGGCGCGGAGGAUGAAAUGCCAGAAGAGAUUGACAUCGAUGAUUUACUGGAUCUGCAGCGUGAUGAAGAAAGAGCACAGAAACUUCAGGAGCUGCUGCACACCUGCAGGAAUAACACACAGCCAUUCAUCAGUGAGCUCCUCCAGAUGCUGCAUGGCCUUCACAAACAGGAAGAGCUCCAGAAAGAAGGCAUCGGCCAUCCUGAUCUCCAUGGUAACCCCCAUCACCAGAGAGGCCAACAACAGCACCAUCAGCCACGAACCCACCAGACUCUCUAGCCAUAUUCCAUAAUGCAUUGCAGCAGCUAACGACACCACUCCCCGAACACGUCGCUGAUCCACGGACUGGUGACAUCACCACCACCACGACUGGGCCAUUUCCUGUAAUCACGCUCACACCUCAAUAGAGAGAUCUAAACCUUUUAACAUCUCAGUUUAGAGACAUUUUCCGAACCACAUUAAACCCUUCCACCACUGACACAAGGGUUUGAUAUCAUUCUGUAUGAAGUAGGCGAUAAUAUUCGGGUGAGAUUUGACAUGUCUGAUUAUAAUUGCGCAAAAUCUAAUUGACAAAAAGUUCCCUGAAAUAGUUAGCCAGCCACAAGGGGGCAGCAUCACCUAAUCAGGAACAAUUUUUUUUAAUCAAAUGCCUUUUCAAACUGACUUUUAUAAUCAUUUGUAAAUAAUAUCUUCGUAAACUCAUCAGAUGAGAUCAGCGUUACACACAGGAGUUAGUUCUUCUGUCACUAAAGGACCUGCUACACGAACACUAAUAAAUCGAUGUGACCCAAUAAGAGUGUUAAUGCUCUAUUUCCAGAUGUUAACAAUAUAAUAAAGCUGUGAAUCAAGGGACUCUGAAUGUGUCUUUUAGAAUUUUGAUGAUUUUUAGGGGUUUGUCAUGAUAACUUCAAAUUUACCAAGCAGUCAAAAAUAGCUAGAAAAGAUUCGCUGAGAAAAUUAGCUAACCUGCUUCGCAAACUUAAAAUAAUGCUAGACAGGAAGUACACAAGCUAACAUUACUUGUAUACAUAUAUUUUACAACACAAAUUAAAGUGUUUUGCAACAAAAUUGGGUUUUAUUUCAGGAAUUUGCUGAUCAUCUUUGCAUUAAUUCAUCAAUGACUGAAUUCUGGUAGGUUUCAGACACAUUGCUGAAUUUCUGAAGUGCACUAUCUUCUGAGAAACAAUCCAGCGUGGAGUAAAUCGUGUGAUUAAUGUUUGGUCACAGUUGAGAGACGGUUUCACGGAUUAUAAUCACAGCACUUGAGCUCCAAGUGAGUUCUGUUGAAGCUGUGUUACUUAUGAUCACCACCAGAGGGCAGAAUAGGACAAAGAAACAAGCACUUGAAGGUUCCAUGAUGUUCAUUCAGCUUCAGUCAGAGAUUGAUCCUGAUCAGGGUUGCAGUGGAUCUGGAGUCUGUAUACCCUGGUUUGGACAAAAUUGUGCAUCUAGGACAUAGACGAGAACUGGAGGAAACCCAGGGAGAACAUAACACAAGCACUGCUAAAUCGCCCAAACUGUUAAAUAAAAUUGUCGAACAUUUGAA